GUUAGGAGCGGCGGGGCCGUGUGCCGACCCGGAGCGGUGUCCCUGCGGCCGCGGCCAGAUGGCAUCCAACUAUAGAAAACCUGGCUUAAGUACAGCCCAGCGGAAGAAAAGUGGCUUGAAACCUGAACUUACAGAAGAGCAAAAGCAGGAGAUCAGAGAAGCUUUUGAUUUGUUUGAUACUGAUGGAUCUGGAAGCAUCGACAUAAAAGAACUGAAGGUUGCAAUGCGUGCUUUAGGCUUUGAGCCAAAGAAGGAAGAAAUUAAGAAAAUGAUAGCAGAUAUUGACAAAGAAGGAAGCGGCACCAUUGACUUUGAAGACUUUUUGGCUAUGAUGACACAAAAAAUGAGUGAAAAGGAUUCAAAAGAAGAAAUCUUGAAAGCUUUCAAAUUAUUUGAUGAUGACGGGACAGGAAAAAUUUCAUUCAAAAACCUGAAAAGGGUUGCCAAGGAGCUGGGAGAAAAUUUAACAGAUGAAGAACUUCAGGAAAUGAUUGAUGAAGCUGAUCGAGAUGGAGAUGGAGAAGUGAACGAGCAAGAAUUCUUGAGAAUCAUGAAGAAAACUAGCUUAUAUUAAUAUUUGUUGCCUUGCUAUACAGCUGCUCCAAAAGAUAACCUGGAAAAGCCUUAAAAACUGGGCUUGCGUCUCCCACGUAUUUUCUGCCAUAUAGAAAGUCUGAAAGGACAGAUUUUUGGUUCAUUCUUCUUUUUUAGCAAAGUUAAUUGGGGAAGGGGGGCUUCAGUACCCAGAGCUGUUGAAAUGAGAUAUUGCAGAAGUGAAAAGGAUGAACUGAACCUGCAAGGCAGGGUCCCAUCCCAUCCCUUCCCCUCGACAAUUUUAGUGAUUGCCAUUUUGGAUAAAGAAUGCUGUGUUUCAAGUAUUUAACUUAAAGACAUUUCACUUGAGAUGUGAAGAAUCCCACUGCUGCUGGGAAAGGCCACUUCUGACUUUCCUAAGCAUGAAGGUGCAAGCACAGUAUUUCUAUUCCUUUUAAAGCUUUUAGGUUAUCUUUUGGUAUUUGUCUCCUUUUGAUUAUUUCCAUGAAAGACUCUAAAACCAA